CUACACUACACGAACAUAGAUUACAGAAGUACGAGUAGUAGAAGAAGUAAGCAGUAGUAAUGGCGAUGAGGAAAUUGCUUCUGUUAUUGAAACCGUUCGACAUUUACCCAGUUUGGCAAACAGAAGGACUUUCUCGCCUCACUAAUCCUCAGGAAUUGCAGGUGUUGCGAUACUUGGAAAACAGGCUUAAAGUGCACAAGGAUGCCAUAAACUUUUGUCAGGAUGUUUUACGGAAUAAGCCUGUUGAGUGGAAACCUAUAUUUCGUAACGAACUAUCAUACCCCAUCCGCAAUGUCGAUUUGGUUAUUACUGUUGGAGGUGAUGGCACACUUUUACAGUCCAGCCAUUUCAUUGACGAUUCUAUUCCAGUUCUAGGAGUAAAUUCUGACCCCACACAAGUUGAAGAGGUGGAAGAGUGCAGCAAUGAGUUUGAUGCUACUAGAAGCACAGGCUACCUUUGCGCGGCAACCACCAACAAUUUUGAACAAGUUCUUGAUAGCAUCAUCGAUGGUCGAAGAGCUCCUUCUCAGUUAUCAAGGAUGUUGAUAAGUGUAAACUCGCAGCAGCUAUCUUCGUAUGCCCUUAAUGACAUAUUAAUUGCCCAUCCAUGCCCUGCAUCAGUUUCUCGGUUCUCCUUCAAAGUUAAAGGGAAUGACCAAUCAUUUUCCCCCAUGGUGCACUGUCGAUCAAGCGGCCUUAGAGUUUCAACAGCUGCUGGAUCAACGGCUGCAAUGCUCUCGGCAGGUGGAUUUCCUAUGCGUAUUUUAUCAAACGAUCUGCAAUAUAGGGUGAGAGAACCCAUUUCCGCCGGGGAAAUCUCGAGUUCAAUGCAUGGAUUAGUAAAGUCAGAUCAAUCCAUGGACUUGAAGUGGUUUUGUAAAGAGGGUAUGAUAUACAUCGACGGCUCGCAUGUUUCCUACUCUAUUACAAAUGGGGAUACCAUUGAAUUAUCUUCCAAGGCCCCAUCACUGAAGGUCUUCUUGCCCCACCAUUUGUCACUGCAGACAACCGAGCCAGAACACUAAGGUUUUCUAUAUGCCGUAGAUUUGGAAAUUUUGUACAUGCGAGCAGCGUAUGUCAAUAUAUGAGAAAUUUUGUUUAGAUGUUGGUACUCAUAAAAUAUUUUUUAUUGCAUAGAAAAGAUGCAAGAAUUUGAUUCUUGACCUCUAAACUAUUGUCUCUUUGACAUGUAAAGAAUUUUACAAGGAAAUCUCUGACGAACUGAGUGCUAUUCUUUAUGACAUGUGAUGUUGGUUGGUAGUGAUAAACCUGAUAAAUAGAAUCUAGUCUAUGUACGUUCCGUUUAUUUUCUUUACCAGCACCAUAUAAUUGACUUUUGUGGACUUGUAUAAACGAUCUUUGAGAUCACUCUUUUUCUUCA